AUGUCCGAGUUCAUCGGCUAUGUCGGCACGCUCGUCGAGAUCAACUCAGAAGCUUCCACAGUCUCACUAGACAAUGUGCGAUCCUUUGGCACAGAAGGCCGCAAGGGUGGCAAGGACGAGUACCCUCCAUCAGACGUCGUGUAUGAGCAGAUUGUCUUCCGUGGUAGCGAUGUCAAGGACUUGCGCAUUGAGGAGCCGGUCAAGGAAAAGGCGCAGCCUGCCAUGCCACAGGACCCCGCCAUCAUCGGAGUACAACAGGCUCAGACACGGCAAGAAAGCAGCCCGCAAGACGUGUCCGGUCGCCAACAGCCACCGCAGAACUUCCCUCAGCCUGGUCAGUUCCCUCCUGGUGGCUAUCCACCUUUUGGCGGUCCUGGAGGUCCAUAUGGCAAUCGGUUUGGUCCUCAGGGUGGGUUCCCUGGCGGCCCAGGUCCUUUCCCUCCUGGUGGACCUCCAGGCGCGUUUGGUAUGCCUCCGUUUGGCGCCCCUCCUGGAUGGUUCCCGCCUGGUCAGGGCUUCCACCAGCCCCCCGGUCCGUUCUCACCGAACAUGCCCAUUGGCCCUCCAGGCCUAAACCAAAACCAACCUCCACAAGGCCCGCGAGGUCCAGGACCUCAAGCUGGCAAAGAUGAGAAAUCUGGCCAAGCGCAACAGCCCAAGGUUGCAGAGGCAGACGGUGCAUCGGCCAAACCAAAGAACGGUGCAAAGGGUUCUGGUGCUACUCCCACGCCUGCUGGCGCGAAACAGGCUCCGCCGCCGCCAGUUGAUUCUAAGCCUGACGUAUCGGCUGCUUUGGCACCACCCCAUCCUCAGAACACUCAGCAGCCUGCCUCAGGGAAGGGUGCACCUAGUGGGCCGAAGGGAGGGCGGAUUAUCCCUGCUGUCCCCAUUCCAAGCCCGAGGGCUAGCAAGACGGCACCCCACGGGCAGCAACAGGCUGCUGCCGCUGUUGCCACUGUUCAAGUUCCUAGCGCUGCCCAACAACAGAAUGCUACGCAGUUGGCUACUGCCGCUGUGGCCGAGGCUAUGGCGAAGCUCAACAUUCAGAACAAGGGUCAAGGUCAGAGCCAGCCUCAAGGCCAAGCGCCUGCUUCGGAUCCUAUGAACAACUUGGCACAGAAGGUUGAGGGCAUGCGUGAUCAGAGUCGCCAGCAUGCGCCACGUCAACGAGGUACUGGCGAGUUCCGUGGCAGGGGUGGAAGGGGAGGCCGAGGUGGUCUUCACUCACAACAUCCCAAGAUGGAGGUCCCUACGACUGACUUUGAUUUUGAAUCGGCAAAUGCCAAAUUCAAUAAGCAGGAUUUGAUCAAAGAGGCUAUUGCUUCUGGAUCGCCCCUUGGUGAAGGCGCGGCUUCCACAGCGGAUACAUCUGCCAACAGGGAAGAGGUCGUUAUCCCAAGCGGGUCAAUGUAUGACAAGAGCUCUUUCUUCGACAACAUCUCGAGCGAGCUCAAGGACAGAGAAGAAGCAGCCACACGUGGUCAAGAGUUCCGCAGCCAAGAACGUCAGAAGAAUAUGGAAACCUUUGGCCAAGGCAGUGUUGAUGGUUACCGAGGUCGGGGACGUGGACGCGGACGCGGGCGUGGUGGUCGUGGCUCCGGCUACCGCGGACGUGGUGCUCCCCGUGGUCGUGGCGGUGCUGAUCUCGGUGUCCAGCCUGCUGCUUAGCUGGCGAGCCCCAUACUUUCUACUCCACAGUGCAGUCAGGGUUGCUUUGUGUAAUUCAGCAAGUGCACUGUGCAUUCAGUCUUGUUUAGUUGAGCGAUCUGAGCGUGGCGAGUAUCUUCUCUUUUUUGCUCUCAGCCCUAUGGGCUCUGCUUCUGAUCGACUGGAGCGGCGUACUUUUCUCCGCAUGUAUUUAUAUAUCUAGGGUUGCGAUAUGGAACCGGGACCAAAAGCCGGGCGGCUUGGAUGGUGUGGCAAGCGUGAGGGUAUAUGUGAUACGAUUGCGAAUAACGAUCAUGAGUAUCUGUCC